AUGGCCGAAACAGCAGGAGAGGCACCGCUAGAAGGACCAUAUUAUCACAAAGAGAGAAUAAAAUGCAGCCCCGAGGAGGAGGCCAGGCUGGAGAGGCAGCAUUUCUGGAGAAUAGUCGAUGCUUUUAGAUUUUACAGGGUUCAUGUCGAGGAUCAGGUCAAGCGUGCCGAGCGUCAGUUUCGAAGCCUACCGCAGCACCACCAGAAUUUGCUGCCAGAUGUUUUGUCCAACCUAACCCGGAUCAGCCAGUGUGCUGACCACAACCAGGAGCUGCUGCAGGCCAUCAUUCACAACAGCCUCCACAUGUUUGAGAACAUCGAGUACGGCGAGAGGGAGGAUCCGCGGAAGGUCCGCCCAUCCACCACCUUUGACAUGGACAAGCUUAAGUCCACUAUAAAGCAGUUUGUCAGAGACUGGAGCGAGGUGGGCCGGGCUGAGAGGGAUUCCUGCUACCGGCCGAUCAUUGAAGAGAUCCAGAGACUCUUCCCAAGUGACCAGUAUGAUGUGUCUAAGGUGAGCGUGCUGGUUCCGGGUGCUGGGCUUGGCCGUCUGGCCUGGGAGAUCGCUCGGCUGGGCUAUAUUUGCCAGGGCAACGAGUGGAGCUUCUUCAUGCUCUUCUCUUCAAACUUCGUUCUCAAUAGGUGUGAACAGGUGAACUCUCUGACCGUGUACCCCUGGAUCCACCAGUUCAGCAACAACAAGAAAUCCUCCGACCAAACACGACCGAUCAGAUUCCCUGAUGUGAACCCUCAGAGCUUACCACUAAAUGCAGACUUCUCCAUGGUAGCAGGGGACUUUGUGGAGGUCUACAGUGACUCAGAUUCCUGGGACUGUGUGGCUACCUGCUUCUUUAUUGACACGGCUCAUAAUGUCAUUGAGUAUGUGGAGACUAUCUGGAAGAUUCUGAAGCCUGGUGGAGUGUGGAUCAACUUGGGUCCACUGCUGUACCACUUUGAGAACAUGGCCAAUGAGCUCUCAGUUGAACUUAGCUACCAAGACAUUAGGACAGCAAUCAUUAACUUUGGCUUCCACAUGGAGGUGGAGAGAGAGUCGGUUCAGACCACCUACACAGAGAACGACCGCUCUAUGUUGAGAUACAUUUACGACUGCGUCUUCUUUGUGGCACGAAAACCGGCAGACCUUUAUUUUAACGGUCAAGAGGACGACCAGCAACCGAUUUCUCCACCGGCCGCUAAGUCACCGCGGCGAGAAGAUGCCGACGGCCUGACGUGACAGGAAAUCUCUGACACAAACGGUUAACGUGCAGGACUGAGUGAAGAUUAGGCUGACAAGAAGAAAAAAACAGUGGACAUAAAUUUUCUUUUUUUGCCAUAUAUAUUUUUUUAUGAUGCAUCUCCUGGAGAAAUGUGCCCAACCCUGCAGGCCCGGUUUAAUCUUUCUGGGAAUAUGGCUCUAAUUGUCGAAUGUAAUAUGAAACAGUAAUAUGUUGUGAGUAACAGCUGGAAAACAUCUAAAUACUCUUCAUCUCGUCAUACCUGGGUGUCAGAUGAGUCCGUGACCCGAUGCGUCUUUGUUUUAGUGGUUUGUGUGUCAGCAGCAAGCUGAAGAGUAGAGUUCUUUUAACUGCGGUCUUACUAAUUCUCAUGUCCAUUGACUUUAACUGCCUGAGAGAGAGAGAGAGAGAGAGUGUGUGUGCGUGUGUGUGUGUGCGUGUGUGUGCGUGCGUGCGCUUUUGAAAUCUAUUUAUUUUUUCAAGUACGGUGCCAUGUGGGUCUCCUCGUGCAUUUCUCAUCAGUCAGCACUGAAAAUGUACUCAGAACAUGUUUCAGUUUUUCAGGAGUAAUUUGUGUAAAUCAACUUUUUUGGUUUCUAAUCGCACUUUGGAAUAAAGCUAAACAUU